GUGUGUGUGUGUGUUGUGUGUUACAUGUGGCACCCACGGGCACGGGCCACGGUGCCCACACCCGUGUACAGGGAUGCACACGCGUGUGCCCGUGUGUACCCAGUGCCCGUGUGUACCCAGUGCCCGUGUGCCCGGGACGGCUCCAGUUCCGGCCCCAGGCUGCCCCGACUCCGGUGCCUCUCGGUGCUCCCCGAGUGGCAAUGUCGGGGUUCGGGACCCUCCCCUCGAUCCGGCCGCUCCUGCCCUUAUUUGGACAUUUCACCCCGUCCAAUCAACGCGGGGGGGGCCGGGCCCGACCCCGCCCCCGCCCCGCCCGAGCCCGCUCCGGUACCGGCCCCGUUGCCCGCUCCCCGCUCCGGUACCGGCUCCGUUCCCCGCCAUGAGCAGCUCCCAGUUCAACAAGGGCCCGUCCUACGGCCUCUCCGCCGAAGUCAAGAACCGGCUCGCCCAGAAGUAUGAUCCACAGAAGGAGGCUGAGCUGCGGACGUGGAUCGAGAGCGUGACAGGAAAACAGAUUGGACCUGACUUCCAGAAGGGGCUGAAGGAUGGGGUGAUCCUCUGCGAGCUCAUGAACAAGCUGCAGCCCAACUCAGUGAGGAAGAUCAACCACUCGGCCCAGAACUGGCACCAGCUUGAGAACCUCUCCAACUUCAUCAAGGCCAUGGCCAGCUACGGUAUGAACCCCGUGGACCUCUUUGAAGCCAACGACCUUUUUGAGAGCGGGAACCUGACACAGGUGCAGGUGUCACUGCUGGCACUGGCGGGAAUGGCCAAGACGAAGGGGCUGCAGAGCGGGGUGGACAUCGGCGUGAAGUACUCGGAGAAGCAGCAGAGGAAUUUCGACGAGGCCAAGAUGAAGGCUGGGCAGUGCGUGAUCGGGCUGCAGAUGGGCACAAACAAGUGUGCCAGCCAGUCUGGCAUGACGGCCUAUGGCACCAGGAGGCACCUCUACGACCCCAAAAAUCAGAUCCUGCCACCCAUGGACCACUCUACCAUCAGCCUCCAGAUGGGCACUAACAAGUGUGCCAGUCAGGUGGGCAUGACGGCUCCCGGCACCAGGAGACACAUCUAUGAUGCCAAGAUGGGGACAGAGAAGUGUGACAACUCAUCCAUGUCGCUGCAGAUGGGCUCCAACCAGGGCGCCAACCAGAGCGGGCAGGUCUUUGGCCUCGGCCGCCAGAUCUACGACCCCAAGUACUGCCCCCAGGGCAGCCAGGGCGAGGUGGCCAACGCUGCCGGGGACCUGAGCGGGGACCCGCCCGGGUACCGCUACUACCGUGAGGAGGAGGAGAGCUACUGAGCGGGAUGGCUCCGCCCCAGCCGCACCAUCUCAUGUGCAGCCGCGUUCCGGCCUCCACUGUCAUCAUUCCCUCUUUUAAAACUCUUUUUUUUUUUUUAAACUCUGGAAAUGAAUCUAUUUUUCUGAGCGAGGAAAUAAAGACCGUUUCUAGAGAAGAGCCCAGCAGAUUUCCCCCCCCAGGAGCUCCAAGACCCUGGGGCAGCAGGACGGUGGCAGAUGUUGCAGCAUCUGGGAGUGGACAGUGUCACCUCUGACUCAGCCAGCACCCACCACACACCCCUGUGAUGCCCCCGGAUCCCUCAGCAAGGAGCGGGAGUGGGUGCCCUGCUGCCCCUGGUGCUGCUGCUCGUCCCUGUGCUGGCAGGACCCUGCUCAGCCCUGUGGAGGAGAGGGCCUGGGGUCAGCGGGACACGGGGGAAGCACAUCUGGGAGAGGCUGCGUGGCCUCGGGCUUGUGAGUGUGAGUGUGAGUGAACGUGUGUGUGCACGCAGCUCUGCACUCUGGUGCGAUCGCUAAAUGCUGGAAAUGCCCUUUUUGCAGAACUCGUAGAGACCAAGUUUUCAAGGCCACGGUGAUGGCUGCAGGGCUGGGCCGGGAGCUGGCACACCUGGCACAGCUGGCACACCCAGCCCUGCUGCAACCUGAUCGCCCAGGCUCGUUGGAGCCGAGGUUGGCUCCAAUGGCUGCAUCCUGCACCGGGGCGGUGCCCUGCCCAUCGAUAUCUCCCCUCCCGUGAGGUUUUUAAUGUGGAUGCUCUCAGACUGAAACCAUUU